GGAAGAGUGAUGUUCCGGUUUCCUCGCGCGCGUAUUUUUGGCUUUACGUAGGUUCUCCUGGAGCUCAUCAGAACACAGCCUGAGGUCCGCGAGCUCCUUAGGGCACGAGCCAGUGCCUUAACAAGCCUGCGACUGACAGCGAGUCUGAGGCAAAUGGCUUGGAGGAGUUUGUUCACUCAUUAUCUGUAAGAGUAGAAUAUUACAGGUCAUUUGAGUAUAGUCUGAAGUGGAAAAGACCCAUGUAUCUUCGGCGCUCCUCCAGAAUACCAAAGAGCUCGAGGAAGAGCCCUCAGAGAAGUCCCAGCCCUAAUGAAGUGAUCCAGCGCAAGCUGAGGAGUAAGAGACAGAGGAUAGGACAGAGGAAGACCGAAGCUGGAGACGGUGUAGUUUAUACAGACGAAAGGAACAACCGUGACAUCAUCAACAUUAUCGAUGACACACAUGAUACAAAAUGUGUGUCUGAGGAGGAUGAAGGAAAGUUUGUGGAGGUAACUGACAAAGGAGUGGAUGAGUCGGAUGAUGACUGUGCCUCCGUUACCAGCAGUAUAGCUUCUGGUCCCUCCGUCUUAUAUCACACCACUCCCAAGAAAUGGAGGCCUUCACUGGACUUGUGUUCAGCCUGUCAGAAACUCUACCAGAAGGCAAAGAAGAUGAAAGCACCAAUCAAAAACAAGCUCUUAGACAAUGAUCCUGAGUCCCUGACAUGUGACCAGUGGGUCCUUAUCAAAAAGUGGAGACCCAGAAGGCUGCCUAAUGCAAAGGGGAGGCUUUUGAUUCAUGUUCAGCUGAUUAUGAAAAGCUUUCAGGGCAAGAAAGGUGUGAAGCGGCGUGUGCAAUAUGUGGGAGAGGGAGAGUCAACGACGUGCUCAAGGCCGCACACUUUCCUGCAGAGGAACCUCAGGCGUUGUGUCAGAGUGCCCUUGAAAAAGGAAGGGAAGAGGAAUAAGAGGAGGAAGAGGGCAAGGGAUGAUACUCAGGGUUCUCACCUUGCUAAGCAGAAGCGUCUCCGCAGCAACAGUCACAGCCCAUUCAUCGGUAAAAGCUUUACCGAUGACAGCGGUCUUUACCCAAACAGUAGUCACGACAGCAGUCCUGGUCUUGAGGGUUGUAACGAUCAACACAGUCAAGCAGACACACAUCUGACUGUUGCGUUGAUUCCCUCCACGGUCACUCUGAAAACCACCGAGCCAAGAGAGCUCCCCCAGAAGAAGAAAACACCAAAGACGACAAAUGGAUUCAGAGACUUGCUUGCCCAGCUGCGUGGCAACAGCAGCAUGAUUGUCAGAGAAACACGUUAAUGGGGUGGCUCCAACUUUUUUUUAAAAUUCCAGUUUAACAGCUACAGUAUUAAGUGUUCAAGCGCUGAUGUAGCUUAUACUUGUGUUGCUUUGUUGGUUUUCAGUGUUGUUUAGCCUGGCUUCAUUCAGUUCUGAACAGCAGUUUGUAAAUAAUUGUUGCCGUUUACCUGGAGUCACAUAUCUGGAGUUUAUACUGUUGCAGUUCCACGUACUUGCACGUAAUUUAUUUUCUCUUCGAUUUCAAAAUGGCACUAAUUUAAAUUUUCAUACAGCUGGAUGACUGUGAAUAAAUGUUUUUGUUUUUGUUUUUUUACAUUAUUGCUCCUUUUUCAUCAUUAAGAUUCUAUAUAUCACACUAUAGCUGUGUCCCAACACCAUAUUACAUAUUAAUUCUGAGCAGAGUAUCUGUUGUCGCAUUAGAAAAGUGACAAAAUGAAAUAUACUGAAAAAAGAAAGUAAAAAGACUUAUUUUAAUGUUAUUUUACUGUGCUGUUGCUAAUGCAGCACACAAAGGAAAUUAAUGUCAUAUUUACAAAUUUUAAAAAAUAUAUUUGGAAAAUCAUUAUGCUUUUAUUUUUAAGUUUGAUUGGCAGUGAUGUUCUAAAAUCACAGGAGGGUCGAUGGCUGACAAUGCUCACAUAUAAGUAGUUAAGUUGUUGAAUUUUUGAAUGUAUAUAUUUAGGUAUAAUCUGAAACUAUUCCAUACUACUAUACUGUAAACUGAUGGAAAAAAAAACUUGAUUUGACUGUGCUGUUGAUGGCCCCGUUUUCCCACAAUGCAGUGCACAGUGGAAAUAGGAGCUGCUCACAGCUGAAAAAAACUGGGACUCAGUAAUCCAUCCAACGACUGAAUGUUUGCUGGUAGCAAGUUGUGGAUUGAGGCUGUGUUCUGAAAAUAUAGUAAAGAUAUUUAGACUCUUCCUCUAGUUAGAUGAUUCAGGUAGUGGGCAGAGUUGUUAGAACCUUUCUCUAAUAGCCCACAUGGUGGCGCCACUGCUUUCCAUUAUCGUAAUCAAACUUUUAUCCAAGUGCAUUAGAGCACACAAGGAAUUUGAUUCUGGUUUCCAUUAGUUCUCACUGUGCUUACAGACAAUAUCAGCUACAAAUGUACAGACAGCACACACCCCCACAGCACAUGUACAUGGUUACAAAUGGUGCAAGAGUGGAAAAAAUGCUGGUAAAUCUAUUGUGUGGCUCAUGUAAUGAGUUAGUUCAGUGGUCAGCACUGCAGCAGAGACCCUGGUCUGGUUCAUCUACAUAAAACGCAGCCAUGCAGUGAGUGUGUCAGCGUCUUUUCCAGUAAUUUUGGAUUUGGCUCUUGGAUAAUUUUGCAGAGGAUUACCCGGAAAAGGUCUUGUUGUGUGUUUUUUUUUUUUUUUUUUUACAUCACUCAGUGUUCCAGAUUUGAGUUUUGCACAGCAAUGUUAUUUCUGAGAUUUGUGGUGCUGAUACCACUGAAUGUGGAGGAAGGGUGGGGAUAGUAAGAAAGAGAUAAGGAACCGAGGUCUUGAAAGUCUGACAGUGUUUUUUUGGGGGGGG